AAUAAAACAUAUUAUUAUGCUCAAAUAAGAAAGUUCCUCUACUGUUAGUCACUUGCAUACACUAUUUUAUUUUUUUAAAUAUUCUUAGCUUGAAACCAUCAUGCCGCACAGAGAAAUGGGGAUCCUCACAAUGCUCUCUACAUCACUCUGCCUCCCUUUUUUCUUCCUCUGUCUUAAAGCUGCCUUCUCAUCCUCUUUACAUGCUUCUUCCUUCUCAGCAACACAUCGCUGCUCUCAUGAGGAGGCUCUUGCUUUGCUGCAAUUCAAGACUUCCUUUUCCAUCAAUUUCACUGCUUCUAAUCCUGAUUCAUGUAAAUAUUAUUAUACCAAACCUUAUUCUAAGACUGAAUCAUGGAAGGAAGGUAUAGACUGUUGUUUCUGGGAUGGGGGCCUCAAUCUUGCCUUCAAUAAUUUUAGGCUUUCCAAGAUUCCACCAGAAAUCAGUCAGUUUACUAGACUAAAGCAUCUUGAUAUCUCUUCUUCUCAAUUUUCGGGCCAAGUUCCAGCAGAAAUUGCUCACCUCCCCAAGUUAGUUUCUCUCAAUCUCUCUAAUUAUUACAAUUCUUCUGACUUGAUCCUUGAAACAACUACCUUCAAAAAUCUUGUUCAUAACUUGAGUGAGGUGAGAGAACUUGUGCUUAAUGGAGUGAACAUGACUUCAGUUAAUCCUUGUUUCUUCAUGAAUCUCUCUUCUUCUUUGACUACUCUUCGUCUUUUUUAUUGUCAGUUAAGAGGAAACUUUCCAAACAGUAUUUUUCGCUUUCCAAAUCUCAAGGAUUUUUAUUUAGGUGGAAAGGGAAACCUCGCUAUUGAUCCUUUUAGUUCCAAUUGGAGCAGUCCUCUGCAACGGUUGCAUUUAGAUGUCACAGAUUGCGGAAGGCGAUUGCCAGAGUCUAUAGGAGAUCUAAAGUCAUUACAGUCUCUGACUCUUUUUGACUGCAACUUGGAGGGUUCCAUUCCAGCUUCCAUAGGGAACUUAUCUCAACUUACAUACCUAGUCCUCUCUGAUAACAAUCUUAGCGGACAAAUCCCAACAUCACUUGCAAACCUCACACAACUUACCCUUCUUUCCCUGUCCAAUAAUCAGUUUUCUGGUCCCAUUCCAGCUUCCAUAGGUAACUUAAGGCAACUAACUGAUCUAAGCCUCUCUUUUAACAAUUUUAAUGGACAAAUCCCAACAUCACUUGCAUACCUCACACAACUUAGUGAUCUUUACCUUUCAAAUAAUCAGUUUUCUGGUCCCAUUCCUUUUGAUGCAAGUAGGCAUUCAAAUGGUCUGCAAAGCCUAGUGGUAUCCAAAAAUAGCAUUCAUGGAAAUAUUCCCCAAUGGAUAUGCGAAAAGGAUGAUCUUGAAAUUCUUGACCUUUCUCAUAACAAUUUAAUCGGGAAGAUUCCAAAUUGUCUUUCUAAGUCUCUCUCAGUGUUGGAUUUGCAAGCCAAUUACUUUGAUGGAAAUAUACCUUUUGGGUUUCCAAAGGGCUGUGGAUUAAGAAAUCUCAACUUACAUGGAAAUCAAAUGGACGGGCCAUUACCAAGGUCUUUGGUGAAUUGUAGCAAGUUAGAGGUUCUAGACGUUGGCAACAACAACAUAGAGGAUUCAUUCCCUCAUUGGUUGGAAUCUCUACCAGACCUUCAAGUGCUUGUCUUAAGGUCCAACAAGUUCCACGGUUCUGUGCAGAGCAUCAAAGAAAGUCCAUCUUUCCUCAGGUUACGAGUUCUGGACCUCUCCAACAAUGGUUUUCUUGGUUCUUUGCCUGUUCGGUACAUCGAAAAUUUUAAAGCGAUGAUGGAACUUUAUAGAGAUGAGGGUUCUCCUGAAUACAUGAAUGUCAGUUCUUAUCAAUAUUCACUGGUUGUGACAUGGAAGGGAUUUGACUAUGAGCUGCAGGGAAUCUUGACCGUAUUCAGUAGUAUUCAUCUCUCAAAUAACAUGUUUGAGGGAGAAAUUCCAGAUGUUAUUGGAAAGCUUAGUUCUCUCAAAGGGCUUAAUCUUUCUCAUAACAACCUUACUGGUCAUAUUCCACCAUCACUAGGGAAUUUGACAAAUCUGGAAUCGUUGGAUCUCUCUUCCAACGAGCUGGCGGGGAAAAUUCCUGAUGAAUUGGUAUCUUUGACACAACUCUCUGUAUUGAAUCUUUCAAAUAAUCAUCUUGUCGGGCGCAUACCGCAGGGCAGUCAGUUCAACACCUUUGAAAAUGGUUCUUAUGAAGGAAACCUUGGACUAUGUGGAAUCCCAUUGUCACAAUCUUGCGACGGAAUUGGGAUACCGCCGAGCUCCUUCCAAGAAAAAGAUGAGUUGUGGAGAUUUGACUGGAGAGUUGUGGUGUUAGGCUAUGGAUGUGGAGUUGUUUUUGGACUGCUGAUGGGAUAUCUUUGGGGAAUCUGGAUUUUGAUGGAAUCAUCUCGGGGAUAUAACUGUAAUUGUCAUGUUGGGAAGGGUGAGGUUUUAGGCCUGGAUUUGGAGUCUCUGAAGAUUUUGCUGAAGUGGGGGGUCUUUCUGGGGGCGAUGUUUUAUGGUUUUUUGGUUUUCUGGUGCAAGAGGGUGCUUGCGGUGGAGGAAGUGGUGAAUGCAAGGUACGGAGUGAUUGAGCAGUGGGUAUUGUUGUUGAGGAAUGCGUGGCCUAAGGUUAGUGAUCAAUCUCUCACAGUCUAUGAUAUCUUGUCUGUUGGGAUGGGUGGCCUUAGUGGAUUGAAGAUCUUUGUGAAAGUUCUGUCCCUUGCGUUUCAAGCUGGAAUCGUUGAGCCAUUCUAUGGUACAAUUUGCUUAUACAAUAGGGAGAGAAGAGAAAAAUUGUCAGAAGAUUUCUAUCUUAGCAUUCUACCAACUGAAAUGCGGGAUACUUAUAAAGUAUCUUUAGAACCUGGUGGACUUUUCUAUUUAGAUGCUCCGUCAGCAUCUGUGUGUCUACUAAUCCAAUUAGAGAAGCCUGCAACAGAAGAAGGGGGAGUGACUCCUUCUGUUUAUUCAUGUAAAGAACCUCAAGAUAAUUGUGAAAUUAGUAAUUCUUCAGUGGAUUUUCAUCCAUACUGAUUUUCAUCCAUAUUCAUUCAUCUAUGCUCCUUCUGCUACAUAUUACCAUACUUUCUUUUAUCUAUGCUUCCUUACACAUUAUAAAUGACUUCUAUUUUGCUUGCAUUGAUCUUUUUGUUACUCUAAUGUUUUGGAUCAGUUGAUUAUGAAAUUGUUUCUCAUAGCAAUGGCUUCUGAUUUUCUGCCUCACUCUUUUUUCUUUUUUUUUGUUUUCUUUAUUAUAACAGGAUCCUAAACGCAAGGUCCAUAAACCUGUGAAAGGUGUUUUAAGACUGGAAAUUGAGAAGCACCAGACAU